AUGAACCUGGUGGGGAGUUACCAGCACCAUCUGCUCCACGAGCCCUUCCUCUUCAACCCGGCCUCCAGGUGCCACCCGGAGCGCUCCUACUUCCAGAGCUGGGUGCUCAACCCGGCCGAGGUGUCCCCCGAGCUCUCCGGGCAGCCCUCCCCCUACCCCAGCGCCGAGUUCGGGGCGCCGGGGCCCGGCCACGGGCCCAGCCGGCUGGAGGCGCUGAGCAGCAGGCUGGGCCGGCGGAAAGGCGUGGGCCCCAAGAAGGAGCGCCGGAGGACCGAGAGCAUCAACAGCGCCUUCGCCGAGCUGCGGGAGUGCAUCCCCAACGUGCCGGCCGACACCAAGCUCUCCAAGAUCAAGACCCUGCGCCUGGCCACCAGCUACAUCGCCUACCUGAUGGAGGUGCUGGCCAAGGACAGCCAGGCCGGGGAGACCGAGGGCUUCAAGGCCGAGCUCAAGAAAACGGACAGCCGGGAGAGCAAGCGGAAAAGGGAGCCGCAGCCUGAAGUCUACUCGCAUUCCCUAGGCCAUGGAGAGAAAAAACUUAAAGGAAGGACUGGUUGGCCUCAGCAGGUCUGGGCUCUGGAGUUAAAUCAGUGA